AUGUCUGCAAGAGAAAAGGGGAUCCUGACCAAAGACAGCGUCAGCUUGCUGCCCUGCUUCUACUUUGUAGAGCUGCCGAUUCUGGUGUCCUCUGUGGUCAGCCUGUAUUUCCUGGAGUGGACGGAUUUAUUUAAGCCUGUGAAGUCAGGCUUCAACUGCCAUGACCGCAGCCUGAGUCUGCCCUACAUCGACCCAAAUCAUGAGGUCAUUCCCUUGCUGAUGCUCCUGAGCUUAGCCUUCGCCGGACCUGCCAUAACGAUAAUGAUUGGAGAGGCCAUCCUUUUCUGCUGUCUGUCUCGGAGGAAGAGCGGUGCUGGAGCUGAAGCUAACAUCAACGCUGCUGGCUGCAACUUCAAUUCCUUCAUACGUAGAGCUGUCCGCUUCGUUGGUGUUCAUGCAUUUGGUUUGUGUGCCACGGCCCUCAUCACAGACAUCCUCCAGCUGAUGACGGGCUACCCAACACCUUACUUCCUGACUGUAUGUAAACCCAACUACACCACUCUCAAUGUCAGCUGUGAGCAGAACCCCUACGUUAUGGAGGACAUCUGCUCAGGAGCCGACCCCACGGCCAUCAACCAGGGCAGAAAAUCCUUCCCGUCGCAGCACGCCACCCUCGCAUCCUUCGCUGCUGUCUAUGUUUCUAUGUACUUCAACAGCACUCUGACUGACUCAUCCAAGCUGCUCAAGCCCCUGCUGGUCUUCUCCUUCAUUAUCUGUGCCAUCAUUUGUGGUUUGACCCGGAUUAUCCAGUACAAGAACCACGCCAUUGACGUCUACCUGGGCUUUCUUCUUGGAGGUGCUAUUGCUGUCUAUCUGGGUUUGUAUGCGGUUGGAAAUUUCCAGCCCAGUGAGGAAGCCAGCACUACCCUGCCUCCACCCCUGCACCGCCCCCCGUGCUCCUUGCCCCACAUUAGUCAGGAGGCCGUGCUCCAUCACCUGCAAAUGAAAGCAAGCCUGGCCGGGGAGGCCGGCAUACCUGGCAACCACCCUGAGGGUCUUUUGCAUCGAGGCCUUCAGCAGCAAAGGCCUGAGGACAGUCUGAAGCGCUCCAGCGCAGAUGUCGAUGUGAUCUCCCCCCGAAGCCCUCAGAGCAAAGACGCCUUCAUGACCUUUAGCCACACCCUUCCUCGGGUCCAUACCCCUCAAGCCAUGGCAGCAUAUGAGGAGGCAGCCAGGCGCCAUGCUGCUACCCUUCACCACGCCUCCAUGGACUCCAGUCGUUCGAAGCAACUUCUAUCUCAGUGGAAAAGUAAGAACAACCACAAAUGCACCUUGCAGGUCCCAGACUCCUUCUCCUCCUCUGUAGACUCAUCUUCUGGCCAUUCCUCCCAGCAUCCACACCACCAUGGUAGCAUGGAGCUCCGCUCAAGCUCAGAGCCAUCAGCAAUGGGCAUAAAUGGGGGAUUUGAUGCGCAUGCAUACAUGUCCAAACUGGCCACAGGAGCUUGCAACACCCUGCCAAGUAACUGCAGUGGAAUCACCGGUGGGGCAAGAAUAUCCAUGCAAUCUAGACCUGGGUCUUCACAGCUGGUCCACAUACCAGAGGAGGCUCAUGAGAAUUACAGCACUACAUCCCCAAAAUCCAGUGAAGGGGGGGGGGCUGAAAUGUCAACAUUAAACAGCACAGUUCAGGCUAACUGGCAAAGGGCAGCAGAGAAGACGACAGCCUGCAGGACUAAUGAUAACGGGCAGAACACUCAGCCGCGAAUUAUGCAAGUCAUAGCUAUGUCCAAGCAACAGGGUCUACUACAGACCCAUUCCAAGAGCUUAGAUGAGAGCAGCAUUGGAUGUAGCACUACUGGGAGUUGCCAAGGCUCAGCUCGCUUCAGGGCACUAACUGAUCAUGAUCCUACCAGCACCACAGGGCCCAGUUCACUUGGAAGCACCACAGGAAGUAUUUCAGGAAGCACCGGAGCAAUCGUCAGAAUAGAGGCGCACCCUGAAACCAACCGGCCAGUCAUCCAAGCUCCAUCCACAGAUGGAAGCGGAUCAUGGAGAUGGCGGUCCCUGGAUCAUGGCACAGGAGCCGGCGGAGGGACGAGCGGCACAGGAGGAGGUAGUAGUUUGAGGCAGUCCUUUGAGAUGAAUGAUCUAAACCGAGACUCAGAAAGCUCAGACUCAUUACGGGAAGGGUCCAUUGACAGGAAGCGUGCCAAUCACAUUGUUACAACCACUGCCACCGUCAGCACCCCACCUAUAGUCACUGUUCACACCCAGAGCACGGGCCAGUCGGAGCAGAGGCUCCAUCCCCAGGGUCUGUCUACCAUUAGGGUCACUCCGGGGGAUGGAGGAUGUUCUGGAUCUGGUGCCGGAGGUGGCGAAUCCGCCUCGGAAACCCACUCAGUAGCCUCCAGUCGAGAGUCAACACUGCGAAGAAAAGGCAACAGUGUCAUCCUGAUUCCAGAGAGAGCCAACAGCCCUGAUAACGCCCGAAACAUUUUCUACAAGGGAACGUCAAUAACUCCUGUUUUUAAGGAAUAG